AUGCCACUGUCACAAGGAUCUAUUGCAGCCAUACUCUCAUACCUGGACCCAUACCUCGACACCCUCGAAACGGGAUUCCCAACAUCAACACGCCCCAAUGAACCCUUGUUGACAAAGGAGCUCAAGCGCGCAAAAAUCGAGGCAACCCUCCAAAAGGACCCAGCCAUCUUUCUGACCAAGUGGGGCUCCGUCAUCCUCUACCCUCGGCCACAAGCGAAGACUGACGCCGGCAGCGAGGAGUGCAAUGGUGUCAGCAGCGGUGGUGCCUCACGCAAAGUUGACUCGCUCACGUCUGCAAAGAACAUUCUUGAUAUGUUUAACCCCCUCGCAGUUGACUAUGAAGUCAGGCAUCAUAUUACUAGGCUCUACCAACACCUACAACAGCUCAUGGAGCACGCCAGCUUUGAGGCAUCAAGGCAGCAGCAGCAGGAUCCGAGGCAGAUAUCAGGACAAAACAACGUCGAUGGCAAUAUAACCACAAUCAACAGUGUUCAAAAUCGAUCGCACGGCUAUAACCCAACCUCGACCACAAACUAUAUGGACACUGACCCUGAUUUGUCAGCACAACAACCCAAUGGCGAUAACAAGGACAUCCCAGAGGAGGAUCGCAAACCCAAUCCUGGACAGAACGACCUCUUUACACGAUCGACGCUUUCACAAAACACUCGUCGGAACAGACGUCUGAAUUAUUUGCUCCGCCACCUUGCGCCUCCGGAUGCCAGUGGUGAAUCCCCCGGUGUUACUGGUGGCCCGCCUUCUACGACCUCCGCCUCCAGUGCCUCACGAGCCAAGAAUCCUCCUAAAGGAUCAUCGUCAUCUGCAGGAGCGAGUCAGAGUCAAUCCAUGCGAGAUCCUCGCAAUCCGACCUUGGCCAGCAUAUUGUCCAUCUCUGGAUCCAUGUCCAACCUCAGUUUCUCGGAAUCGACAUAUUUCUCGGACGCAGAGAUGGAAGCCCGGGCACCAGAUCUGUACCAGCAGUACAUUGGCCGAUUCAUGGAUCAGGACGAUGACCAGGACUCACAAGGCGAGGACGAAGAGGAGGAAGAUGACCAAGGAGAAGUGACAGGGGCAGAGGAUGCAGACGACGAGCGGGAAGACACUGAUACCAGACAGUCUUCGGCAUCUCCUCAACCGUUCGGCAAGGAUGUUGGAUUGGUAGAUCGUAUCCUGUGGAAUAUUGAUCACCCGACAAGGAAACAGCAAAACAAGCAGCGUCAGCAAGAGCUCGCGAGUAGAGGGGCGGCGCAAGAACGCAAUGCAGGAGAGGGUUCUUCGUCAUCCCAUACCGGUAUAGGGUCUCUGGACCAGCAACAGAGGUCUGCUGCUUCACACGAUCGGACUGCUGCAGCAGUCGCACCCGCGGCUUCGGAAUCCGAGUUUGAGGAAGAAUUUGACACCGAGAGUGAAGUCGAUGAUGCUGACAUGGACGAUUCUACUCAAAGUCAGGAAAAAACAGCAGAGCAGGAUAUGGAAGCGGAAAAGGACGAUCGUAAGGGUCCAUUGAAGGACGUUGCCGACGACCAGAUUUUGGCCACGACCAGUGUCACGCCACCAAUCCCUCCAAGCCCGAUCCCUGGCGUCGUGUCGUCAACAUUUGCAUCAUCAGCCAUGACAUUGGAGCAGCCCGAGAGUCGAGCUCGAUUUGCGGCUCUGGAGAGCGGGAACGGAUUAGGUUCUUCAGAGGACGAGGCACCCGAGCUAGAUCAGGAAACCAAAGAACGGAAAGAGGACCAGGAAACGCUUCGACAAGAGUUUGUGUUGUUGAUGAAACAGCGGUUCUUGGACGGACUCGAUUCGCAAUUUGAUUACUCCUUGGUCGACUUUGACGAGGACCUGGAUGAUCUGGAGCAGGAGGAUCAUGAUGUGGAAGACCGGUACUUUGACGCGGAGGAUGAACACGAUAGUGACGAGGGUGAUGAUGGUGAGAUAUUGGACGGACAACUGAGUUCGAGGCGGCAGGUGGGCAGAGCUCCUGGCUCUAACCACCGGAGGCGAAUGAACUAUGACGAGCGAGUUCAGGCAUGGGAGAACAGUGCACAGAAUGGAGCUGGUGAAUAUGAUUAUUAG